AUGUUCUUGUAUCAGGAGUACACUAAUGGAAGUGUCCUCACUCGCGCCACUCAAGAUAUAAACCAGUAUUUCCCUCAGAAUAACUUCACUGCUUCUUGGGUCUUUGUCGUCACUUGGAAAUAUGGACCACAGCAAAACCCGGCAAUCCUGUUUCAAGUGGUUUUGAUAUCAGAUGGCUAUUUUUCUUUCUUUCUGAUGAAUUAUGGUGACUGCGCUGUACUUUAUGAACAAGUGGAGGCUGGAUAUGACACAAUAAACUCCAUAUACAACUUUGUAAUUCCCGAUUCAACUAACGGCAACUACCAAAACCUGAAGAACACGACUAACGUAAAUGUUUCUGGUCGUUGGGCAUUCAUCGCAAGCAAUGAAUCAGCGCCAGCAAUAUUUUAUCCAUUUGGCUCAGCAGCAGGAGACACUGAACAUUUUGAAAAUGGUGGUGAAAGCUACUAUUCUGUUGGUCUUUCAACUCCAUUUAAGUUCUUCGGCCGAACAUACAACCAGAUAUAUGUCAAUUAUAAUGGACUCCUUACGUUCAACGUCCCUUCAGUGUCAGGACCAUACAAUCCCACCAGAGGAGCUGAAGAUUUCAUUGCUGCGCUCUGGAAUGACUUUGAUGACUAUUACAGUGGUGUGAUCUCAUAUCAGCAGUACACCAGUGGAAGCGUCCUCAGUCGCGCCUCUCAGGAUAUCAACCAGUAUUUCUCUCAAGCGAACAUCAAUGUUAAUUGGGUCUUUGUCGUCACUUGGAGAUAUGGAUCUCAGCCAAACCCGGCAAUCCUGUUUCAAGUAGUUUUAAUUUCAGGUAGUGGUCAGUCUUACUUUCUGAUGAAUUAUGGUGACUGCGGUAUGUUAUAUGAACAAGUGGAGGCUGGAUAUGACACAAUAAACUCCAUAAGCCACUUUGUAAUCCCUGAAUCAUCUAAUGGCAACUACCAAAGCCUGAAGAACACGACUAAUGUAAAUGUUCCUGGUCGCUGGACAUUUAGUGCAUGGGCAGCACCAGCAAUAUUCUAUCAGUUCGGCUCAGCAGCAGGAGACACUGAAUAUUCGUAUAAUCCAGAUGAAGGCUAUUUAUUAAUUCCCUUCUCCAUUCCAUAUACAUUCUUUAACCACACAUACAACAGCUUAUAUGUUCAUUUUAAUGGACUCAUUACUUUCAACCAACCAGAACCAGCAUCUGGACCUAACUAUAAUCCCAGCAGAGGAGCUGAAGAUUUCAUCGCUCCGCUCUGGAGUGACCUUGAUGACAUGGGAUUGACAGGCAUGUUCUCGUAUCAGCAGUACACAAAUGGAAGUGUCCUCACUCGUGCCACUCAGGACAUCAACCAGUAUUUCCCUCAGAAUGACUUUGUUGCUUCUUGGGUCUUUGUCGUCACUUGGAAUUUUUUCUCUUUUCAGGCAAUCCUGUUUCAAGUGGUUUUGAUAUCAGAUGGCUAUUUUUCUUUCUUUCUGAUGAAUUAUGGUGACUGCGCUGUACUUUAUGAACAAGUGGAGGCUGGAUAUAACACAAUAAAUUCUAUAUACAACUUUGUAAUUCCCGAUUCAACUAAUGGCAACUACCAGAACCUGAAGAACACGACUAAUGUAAAUGUUCCUGGUCGUUGGGCAUUCAUGGCUGGAUCAGGUAGGAAAAAUGUUGUAGGACUUCAAGUGAGACUUCAGUCAUUUUCAGACCUAACAAAGAAUGAAGACAUUGAGACUGUUUUGCAGCAACCAGGCCACAAACACUCCAUUAACAACAUCUGCACCAACAACAGGUCUCAACUUAUUACAUGA